UUGUAUAUAACUUAAACGAGUAGUCCAGCUAAUGUCUGGCGUUGUUUGCCAUUUUUUGAAUGUAGUGUUGAUCAUGUCAAACUAGAGACAAACUUUGACGUUAGGAUGUUCUCUGCUAGGUGUCGAGGUUCAACUGGGCAAAACCAACUUGAUGAGCUUUUGAGUGCAAUUUUAUUUGAUCAGAUAAGUUGAUUCAGCUUAGUGGAGGCUCACAAACUAUCUACCUAAGUGCUGAAGCCACUAUGAGCUCAAAAUAAAGGGACCAACUUUAGUUUGCCUGAAGUCUAAAGCCCACACUGGCUGCAUCGAUCAGGAUAAGAACAUCCGGUACCGGAUUGGAAGAAAAAUUGGAAGAAAAAUCUUCAGAAUCAUUUGCACCAUGUCACCAUCCUAUAUGCAAGAAAUUGCAUUGAGUCCUAACUUUCUGCUUUACUUAUACCCCUUGCAACCUAUUCCUGGCCAUAAUCAUUCCUUUUUGCUUGCCCCUUUUCGCGUGCUUGCCUAGCAAUUCGCCGAGUUUUCAAGAAACAGCACACAUGCCUACGAAAUGCUAGCCACCUCCUUUCCAGUCAUAAAAAGCUCAUCAUGUGAGCUAAUGAAGCACUUGGAAAAGGUGAUGAACUACUUAUAUAGCAACUAACUAAGGUUGUGGAGGUUGCUUCAGAGGCCUCAAUCUGUGGGUGGCUCCUUGCUCCAUGACUUUUAACUGUGCUAUAAAAUGGCUUGCAGUUCAGGCCCUCUACAUGAGCCCUCAUGGUUGCAGAAGAAGAAGAGUAGGAGCACUUGAAGAAAUGCUUAAGAGGAGACAGAUGGAGAGAUUGCCUGCGCUGCACCUGGCAGUGGUGUCCCUGCUCGGCUUCUGCUGCCUCAUCCAUGCUUCGAGGGCUGCUAUUUCAUUCCCACCUGGUAAUCGUCCCAUGCCAUCAGCGGCCCCGAGGGAGCAGCUGCAGGAGACCGAGACAAUCCCAGAUUCCAGUGGAGCAGAUGGUCAGGUCGUCGUAGCGGGAGAGGUCGACCGCGGUGCUGUCAGCAAGAGGAUGGAGAUGGAGAUGCAACUGGAGGACUACCCGGGGUCCGGCCCCAACGACCACCACUCGCCGUGGUGGCGGCAGGAGAGGAGGAAUUGAGAACAUGGAGCAAAUUUGCAUGUGUGUUCGUAGUGUUGCACAGUUGUGUAUGUUUCUCAAACUGGAACGCUUGUUACUUGCAAGGGCAUGAAGAGCAUCAUAUAUAAAAAGCACUAGCGACGAAAAGCGCCAUUUUAUAUUUGUGAGUUUUUGUUGUUAUAUAUAUCUUGGAAUACUAAUGUUAUGGUAA